CGCUGCAGAAGUCGAUGCAUGCGCACCCAACGUAUCUAUGUGAUUGGGGACUAGGGAGGAUGCUAUGAGAGAAGAGCCGGGGUCGCGUGUGAUUCAAUGCCUUUCAGUGGCGUUUAUGCCAAUACUUAUCGCGUCUGCUCUAGUUAACUUCAGACAAGUUUGCCAUGCAGAUCGAUGAUUCCAACCGAGACCCACCACACACACCCACAGAAACGCAAAUAUGUUCACUCUCCAAAUCAAACCUGAAUUACUCGCGACGGGUGGCCGCAUGGUUGAGUUCUCCACUUGUCAGUGUAGUUCAAAUAAUAUGUAGGCGCCUGGGUAAAUUGGAGAUGAUAUCCUUCUGGUUGCUCUGUUGGAGACUGCUGAGAGCCACAGCUGGAGUGAAGACGAUAAAGGGGAAUGAAGUGAUUGAGGGCUGCAGUGCUAUCGACACUCCACAAGAGAAAGAAUCCCACUCUGGGGCCAUAGCCAUGGAGACCAGCCAGCUUUCAGAGAUGGCGAACCUAACAGACUAUAAAAUGGAUUCUGGGGAAACAGAGGACCAGAGACACCUGCUUAGCGAAAGCGAGGAAGAAUGUGACCGAGAACCUUUCGCAGAAUACAGAGGAACAAAAGAGAACUUAAAAACGUCAGUGGAUGAACCGGACGAAGAUGAUGAAAGUGGUGAGGUGAACAGAGAGGAGGAGACUCACAACUUUGAGACUGGACGAAAUGAUUUCAGUCUAACACAGUUACUCAACUCCUCAAGUAUAUUUGGUAGUGAACCCGUUUGCAAGGUGGAAGACCUGCUUGCACAAGGUCACCUGGGCAACUCUUCUCCAUCAGAAGUGACGAUGACACAAGAGUCCAUCUUGGAGCAGCACAUCCGAGAGGAGGUCUCCUCAGAUGUCUCAACAGGGUCCUGUCACGACCCUGACCGAGAUGACCUGAGUGACUGUCUCCAGGUAGAAAUGGCCAUCGUGUCAUCAGACAGCGAGGCUGACGACCAGUGGAGGUCCACUUUUGCCUCUACAGUCAACAAGGAGGAAGGUUGUGAUGGAAAUGCUCAAGAGGCCCUCGAGAAGGACAGAGUCGCAGGGGAGGUAGAGAAUGGGGCCAUGGGUGAAACUGGAGAUAGUCCUCGCGUUCUUGAACAACCCGUUCUUGAACAACCCGAUUGCCCGACAGAAUGCGAGAUCCAAGACAUGCCCUCUGGCAAGUUCCAGGGCUUAUCCAAAAUUCCAGAGGAUGAAGAAGAGGUCAGCCAAGGCAGGACUCGCAAAGUGAGUCGUUCUACAUCUGCAAGCUCUUCUGCAAGCUCUGACCCCGACAAGAAGGUUCCUAAAGACUACUGUGUGAUACAAGAAAUGAAGAGCAAGAACAUUAGUACAGAGCAUGUGGACUUCCAGGGGGCUCGGAAGCAGUGGCGUCAAAUGGAGGAGCAGACCCAAGGAGAGGUCCAGGUCCUCCAGCCCACUGUCAGACAGCAUGGGAUGUGCCAGGGAGGUCACAGCGCCAUGUACACACCCGUCAGGAACAUUGACCGACCCAGGAGGGACCCCGAAAUUGACAGCCUUGCCCUUGGUGACUUUCAACACACUCAGUUCAGCCCAUGUUCAGAAGACUCCGGUAUGGAUGACUUCAGCUACAGGUCCCUUUACGAGGACUCAGACAACCCUGUCGAAAGGGAGAUACGACAGACCAUAGAGCGUGAGGAGAACUUCAGGCGUGAGAGAGAGAUUGCCAAACAGGGUCAAGCUGGAGAAUCAUCUGCACAUUCGAAAACCCGACCAACUACUCUCUACCCCGGCAAGUACGGCAAAGGCCUUUGCCAUGAGGUGGAAGAGAAACGGAAGAUGUUUGAGUCUAGUGAUCCCGGAUGCAGGCCUUUAAGGUCUCCCAACGCAAAGAACCCAACCGUCUCCAUAUCCACCUCCCCAUCGCCCACACCAAGGGGUGCAACCUACCAUGAGAUGACCGCCCAAAAUGUCAUCAUCCUGGAGCCAGACUCCUACCCCACCAGCCCGAGGCACCGCACCCGGGGAUCCUUGCUAUCUCCGGGGCCCAGCAGGUACAGCGAGUGGCCCUUGGAGACGUCAGCCAAUGUCAUCAUUUUGGAGACGUCCAACCUGAUCAUCCGGAGUGCCUCCGAGUUCUGCCUGAGCUCGGCCUCCUGCCAGGAGACCCAGGAGAGCACAUUUGUCAACAACCCCUUCUUCAAGCUGCGCUCGCGGAGCUCCAUGUCCCUGGUGGACCAGGAGAUUAAGAUGGUGAAGCAGAGGGAGGAGGAGUGGAGGAGGCAGAAGAGCCAGAUGCAGACCAGAGAGAAGUACGACACCGUCCUGGUGUCCCCAAACCUCCUUGAUAACCUGAGCUUUGAUAAAGCAGAAGUGCCAUUGAAAUGUGUGUCUUCCCCUUCAUCACCAUCAAGGACUCGAAAGCUGGACCGCUCCACCCUGUCAUGUGACCAUAGGGUAUGUCUCCUAUCUCCAAUAAUUCAAGAUGAACAGAAUGUGUAAACAGAUGCACGCACAUUUUCAGUUUUACAGGUGAAACUCUUUCCUCCAGUUCCCAGAAUCUCUCUCCCCAGGACCGAGGAAAAAGAAUGCCAUGGCUCAGAGAUGGGAGGCAGGACUAUUUGUCAACCAUGAACAAGAGUAAAGAACAUCAAACCAGAAUAAUACCGUGCCAUACUACAGACGUCAACUUCCUGAACUUUAGAUGUUUUCCAGUUCUGCUAUUGAGACAGCUUGAAUAUUUACCGGUACUGUAGCUUAAAAAUUGUGAAACAAAAAUGUAAGUUAAAAAUUGUAAGAGAUACAAAUUUGAAGAUAGCUGGACUGCCAGAUGCUUUUUGAAUGUGACAAGUACGCGAUUAUAUUGUCUGGUUAAGAUUUUUACAUUUUUUAAGUACCGUCUUGGUUAUACAAAAGAUAUUGCAUUUUUGUAUUGUAUUCACAGACUUUAAAUUAAAAAGGCUGAGAAAUGUGGUGGACUUACACCAGCGACCAAUUUGUUUGUAAAAUAAUGUAUAUUAUGACUACCUGCAUAAUUAACUUCAUGCAAAGUGUUUAAUAUGAUAGCCACUUCUAGUAUAUUCAAAGCUUGACCUGACAUUGCCAUUUUGAGAUGCCUUUUUUUUUUUAAACCUUCAAAUGUGAUAUUUUUUGGGUUGCAGUUGGUUUAGUAUUACUUGCUAGAAACACAAAACUCCAAACAGAAUACUUUACCGCUUAAAUGGCAUUCAUCAUUUUAAGUGUUGUUUCAUGGAGAACGUGUUUUUUGUUCAUUCUCAAUUGAAAAUGCUACAAAAUAAAGUUGGAUUGACAUUAAGGACAAUAA